GUGAUGCAGGUGCUGAACGCGGACGCCAUCGUGGUGAAGCUGAACUCCGGGGACCACAAAACCAUUCACCUGUCCAGCAUCCGACCCCCCCGGCUGGAGGGGGACAGCACGCAGGUGACCGUGGGGACGUGUGGCGGGGAGGUGACCCUGGGUGCUCUACCAACAUCGCCCUCAUCCCAACCCGAAACCGCCAGUGCUCUACCAACAUCGCCCUCAUCCCAACCCGAAACCGCCAGUGCUCUACCGACAUCGCCCUCAUCCUGACCCCAAACCACCAGUGAUCUACUAACAUCACCCUCAUCCCGACCCCAAACCACCAGUGCGCUACCGGCAUCGCCCUCAUCCCAACCCCAAACCACCAGUGCGCUACCGGCAUCGCCCUCAUCCCAACCCCAAACCACCAGUGUGCUACCGACAUCGCCCUCAUCCUGACCCCAAACCACCAGUGCAAUGCCAACAUUGCCUUCAUCCCAACCCCAAACCACCAGUGCGCUACCGACAUCGCCCUCAUCCCGACCCCAAACCACCAGUGCGCUACCGACAUCGCCCUCAUCCCGACCCCAAACCACCAGUGCGCUACCGACAUCGCCCUCAUCCCGACCCCAAACCACCAGUGCGCUACCGACAUCGCCCUCAUCCCGACCCCAAACCACCAGUGCGCUACCGACAUCGCCCUCAUCCCGACCCCAAACCACCAGUGCGCUACCGACAUCGCCCUCAUCCCGACCCCAAACCACCAGUGCGCUACCGACAUCGCCCUCAUCCCGACCCCAAACCACCAGUGCGCUACCGACAUCGCCCUCAUCCCGACCCCAAACCACCAGUGCGCUACCGACAUCGCCCUCAUCCCGACCCCAAACCACCAGUUGCGCUACCGACAUCGCCCUCAUCCCGACCCCAAACCACCAGUGCGCUACCGACAUCGCCCUCAUCCCGACCCCAAACCACCAGUGCGCUACCGACAUCGCCCUCAUCCCGACCCCAAACCACCAGUGCGCUACCGACAUCGCCCUCAUCCCGACCCCAAACCACCAGUGCGCUACCGACAUCGCCCUCAUCCCGACCCCAAACCACCAGUGCGCUACCGACAUCGCCCUCAUCCCGACCCCAAACCACCAGUGCGCUACCGACAUCGCCCUCAUCCCGACCCCAAACCACCAUGCGCUACCGACAUCGCCCUCAUCCCGACCCCAAACCACCAGUGCGCUACCGACAUCGCCCUCAUCCCGACCCCAAACCACCAGUGCCAUCCAGACCCCAAACCACCAGUGCGCUACCGGCAUCGCCCUCAUCCCGACCCCAAACCACAGCACUACACCCACUCUCGGGUUAUUUCGUGCCUCGCGCCUUCCCUCCCCUGCCCCGGAGCCCCUGGGCGCAGCGCAGCGGCAGCAGGUCUCGCUGGCAUCUCCGGUGCUGUCAACACCGUGA